AUGUUAAUGAGGGCUUCUAAAGCGGGCUGGGACUGCAGAAUGAUGGCCUAUGACUUACAGCUACAGCCUAAAGGUGGACUGGAUUUAACCUCCCCCUCCUCCCCUUCCCUCCGCUGGUGGGUCGCGUGUCUGUGGUGCGCAGGCGGCGCGCGCACCUCAGCAGCGCGGUUGUCUCGCGCUCACUCGGAGUCGCACGCGGCACUGACUGCAGCUGAGCUCGUGGUCCUCAGUGACAGGCGAAGAUGGACAGCGACGUACAGGCGCCUCAGUCAGGAUGCUAAUUCCUUUGCUUUUCACGUCUGUAGGGCCACUAUCGCUAACAGUCUUGGCGUCAGUUCACCUCACACUGUCAUUACCGCAAGUGUUGCCAUGGCGUACUCAGCUGCAGCUCAAAUCAAGCCGAGUAGAGGCCCGCACCACUUAAACCUCAUCAUCACCACCAUCAUCAUCCUCAUCAUCUUCAUAUUGUGCACCCUGCCACGACCUCGCCAUCCUGCACCUCCUCAUCUGCAUCCCACCAAACGAAGCCACCACCACCAAAAAGAGGGGGAGGAGGAGGCCGAGGAGGAAGAGGAGGGGAGGAAGAGCUCCACAGGACACAGGGCCAAACGGGAGCGCCGACCCGGGGGCAGCAGCAGCGCAACAAUGUGCCAAGUGUGUAACAUCCAACUGAACUCCAGCGCUCAGGCCCAGAUCCACUACAGAGGCAAAACCCACCAGAGGAGGCUGAGGAGACUCGCCAAGGUGGUCAGUGCAGGAGCCCUGACCCAGAGCCAGAUCCACCCUCUGCUGGGCUCUCUGCCUCUGCCAGGGCGCCCGCUCCAGCCACAGGCUCAACUGGAGCACUUCCUGCCGCUCAGGGUCAAUGGAUCCACGCCCCUUAGCCUUUUCCCCAACUUCAAUGCGAUGGACCCAGUUCAGAAGGCCGUGAUCAACCACACCUUUGGCUCUGCUCCACCCAAAAAGAAGCCGAUCAUCUCCUGUAAUAUCUGUCAUCUGAGGUUCAACUCCACUACCCAGGCUGAGGCUCACUACAAGGGCCACAAACACGCUCGCAAACUCAAGGCCCUGGAGACGCAGAGGAACCGCCAGAAAAACCCCUCCUCUUCCCCCAAAGAGAGAGAGAAGGAGCCAGAUCCUACAGACUCCAAUGUAGCUGAUGCUACAGGUCCAAGCAGCUCCAGUGAACCUGCCCAGCCUGAAAAAGAGACAGGUGCAUCUGUGUUAGCUGCUCCUGCCCAGCGCCCCUCCUGUUCGGACUCCCCUGACCUCUCUCCCCAGGUCUCCCCCCAAGUCUCCCCCCAGGUGUCCCCUGACUCCCAGCUAUCCGAUCUGGCCCUGGACAGCCCAUGUGCAGAGGGGUGCAGCUCGGACCCCGGCGUGCCCUCUGACUCCCAAAGUAGCUCCAUGGAGGAGAGUGAACCAGCGGUGAAGAUGGAGGAGGGCAAAGAGGCCAAGAGCAACAAGAAAAACCUGCACUGUCCCACCUGCAAAGUGACUGUCAACUCUAGCUCACAGCUAGAGGCGCACUGCAGUGGUUCAAAGCACAAGCAGAUGGUGGAUGGCCAGAGCAGUAGUCACUCCCAGAGGAGAAUAAAGAUGGCGUCAUCCCCGCGGCCCACCUGUCGCAUCAAGCCCCGUCUCGGCAGCAAAACCCGGGCAGUGGUGAGCGUAAGCAGCCAGCCCUUCCACUGUGAGCUCUGCCAGGUCUCUGUCAACUCAGAGACACAGCUGAAGCAGAUUUACAUGAACAGCAGGAGACACAAAGAGCGUCUGGCCGGGAAACCUGUCAAGCCCAAGUUCACCCCUUACAACAAACUGCAGCCCAGCGCCGUAUUAGCCACUAAACUGGCUCUUCAGAAGCAGCUGUCGAAGGCUCUUCCUGCUGGUUUCCUGACGAGCCCCUUAAACCCGGCCGCGGCCUUGUGCACAAUGGCAUCUGGACCCCUGGCUCUGCGCCUCCCACCGGGCCCCGCCGCCAUCAUCCAGGGCCCCCUGAUCAGCCCUACCCUCUUUAGGCCUGCUCCAGGGCCUCUGCGGGCUACACACACUCCCAUUAUCUUCUCUCCGUACUAGCACAGCGCAAGACCUCCACCGGCCUAAACUGAGCCAUUUAAGGACAAGUACUGGGCUGCUUUCAGAUGAGCAGGACACUAUGCUCUGGCCACUUCAGGUCACACCAACAGUAUGCACAAUUCCCACGAGAGGAUUGAGGUGUCAGUGAAGAUGAGUCCUCAACCUUUGAAGGACCAUUGCUCAGCUGUCAUUAAAAAUAUACUUGUGUGCAUGUACUCCGGGGUCUGGACCUCUCUGGAAGCCAUAGCAUCUUUUCGUUUUACUAUAAGACUAUAAACUUGGAUGUUGUAUUAAAUGUUAGUGCCAAAAACUUUUCUUUCAACCCUCUUAAUCAAAGGUACAUUUAGUAAUAUACCUCCAUGUGUUGGA